GUGUUACAGGUCCUCUGCUUGUGAGAGAGAGAGAGAGAGCAAGCUCACAAAAUCUGAAUCUCCAACACUCAGAACAGAGCCGCUUCUGGAGCCUCUGUAGGUCUGGUGAUGCUGCUAGCGUCUGCAGAGGAAGCUAAGGAGGAAGCUUACAGUCGCUGUAGGUAAAUGGGAGGGCCGGCAGCAGCAGCAGCCGCCUCAGGAAGGAAGCUUAUGAUCUUGCCGGGAAAGGAUUGACUGCGUUUCCAGAAAGAACACAGAGGACAGCUCCCCGCGACCUGAAGAUGGAGAAGUGACAAAGCAUCCAUCCCUCAUGGUCCUCAGCCCCGGCCAGAGGCUGCAUGUGGAGUGGAGGGAACUGAUCUUCUGCUUCCCUGAGACCCCUUUCUCUCCUAAUUCAUGAGCCAGCAAGAUGCGGUCGCUGCGCUUUCGGAACGCCUGCUCAUAGCUGCGUACAAAGGCCAAGCAGAGAAUGUGGUUCAGCUCAUCAACAAGGGCGCCAAGGUAGCGGUUACCAAGCAUGGCCGGACCCCCUUGCACCUUGCUGCCAAUAAGGGUCAUCUCUCUGUGGUCCAGAUCUUGCUGAAGGCUGGCUGUGACCUCGAUGUGCAGGAUGAUGGGGACCAGACAGCCUUACACCGGGCCACGGUGGUGGGGAACACCGAGAUCAUCACAGCACUUAUCCGGGAGGGAUGUGCCCUGGACAGACAGGACAAGGAUGGGAAUACAGCCCUGCAUGAAGCCGCCUGGCACGGGUUCAGCCAGUCAGCCAAGCUGCUCGUUAAAGCGGGAGCCAAUGUGCUUGCCAGGAACAAGGCAGGGAACACGGCUCUGCACCUGGCCUGCCAGAACAGUCACUCCCAGAGCACACGCGUCCUCCUGCUGGGCGGCUCCCGGGCUGACCUCAAAAAUAAUGCGGGAGACACGUGUUUGCACGUGGCUGCACGGUAUAACCACCUGUCCAUCAUUAGAGUCCUGCUCGGCGCAUUCUGUUCUGUUCAUGAGAAGAACCAGGCUGGAGACACGGCCCUCCAUGUGGCCGCUGCCCUAAAUCACAAGAAGGUAGUUCGAAUCCUGCUGGAAGCUGGCGCUGACACGACCAUUGUGAACAACGCAGGCCAGACCCCACUGGAGAGCGCCCGCUACCACAACAAUCCCGAAGUCGCUCUACUCCUGACCAAGGCUCCCCAGAUCUUGCGCUUUAGCCGUGGGCGAAGCCUGAGGAAAAGGAGAGAGAGACUCAAGGAAGAGAGGAGGGCCCAGUCUGUGCCCAGAGAUGAGGUGGCACAGAGCAAGGGAAGUGUCUCUGCAGGAGACACCCCCAGCAGUGAAAAAGCUGUUCCUCAAAAAGAGGAAGCUGGAAGAGACUGCCCACCGGCUUCCCAGGAGCCCAGAAGGGAUGACAAGAGGAGGAAGUCAAGGCCAGAGGUGUCAGCACUCUCUGACCCCACCCCAGCAGCAGACCAACAGCCUGGACACCAAAGGAAUCUGCACAGUCAUCACCACCCCAAAAAGAAGAGCAGACAUCGAUGUUGGUCCCCACCUCCGCCCCAUGGGUUCAGGGCGUACCAGCUAUACACACUGUACAGGGGCGAGGAUGGAAAAGUGAUGCAGGCACCAAUAAAGGGCUGCCGCUGUGAACCCCUAAUCAACAAGCUGGAGAAUCAGCUGGAGGCUACUGUGGAGGAGAUCAAAGCUGAGCUGGGAUCGGUGCAGGAUAAAGUGAACGCCAAGCUCGGACAGAUGGAGAGUAAGGCCCAGCACCAAAUGUGUGUUUUGGAUAAACUGAUGGUGGAGCGACUGUCAGCAGAGAGAACGGAAUGCCUGCACCGCCUGCAGCAGCAUACAGCUGCGGAGAGGCAGGAGGGAGAGAGACGUCAGAUGUCUUUGGUGGAGGAAUUAAAAGCCUGGUGUAUGCUGAAGAUCCAGAACCUGGAGCUGAGGCUUUCUGGAGAGUCUCGGGCCUUUAGAGCUAAGAAUGCAUCAUCUCCUUGUGACUCCUCUUCAGAUCCACCGGUGAUAGCUACAGGGCCAGCAGCAGCUUCCGACAGCUCCUCUCAGGUCGUGAGACCCAAGGACAAGGGACCCGGUGCCACUGCUGCCGACAGACAACAGCAGGAGCUGCUUCCGUCCGAAUGUACAGGCUCCCGGAUCAGGAAGGCCAAGGCCCAGGCAGCCUCCUGCCCCUUGAAUGGGGCUCCCAGGUGUGAGCAGCAGCCUGGGUCCUUCGUCAACAGAGGCACUCAAACCAAAAAGUCUGGGAGAAGUGGGCAGGCCAAGCAUCGAGGCCAACAGCCCACAGCCAGCAGCCCCUGUGGGCAGCAGCCGUCAGCAGCAGGCAGCGAUGCUCGAGAUGCCUCGCAAGCCCUGGAGCUAACCCAGUAUUUUUUUGAGGCCGUUUCCACACAGAUGGAAAAAUGGUAUGAACGGAAAAUCGAGGAAGCACGCAGCCAGGCCAGUCAGAAAGCCCAGCAAGAUGAGGCCAUCCUGAAGGAGCACAUCAGAAGUCUGGAAGAGGAGCUCACCAAGCUGCGGACAAAGGCGCAGAAGUAGGACCCGACCCUGAGGGGAACCCAACAGG